CUCUCUCUCUCCCUCUCGGCGGCGAUCCGCUUUCUUUCCACCCCUCUCUUUUAUUUGCCCUUUUCACCACAAAUUUAUAGAGAAACCUAGGCGCCAAUAAGGAGUUACUUAUGUUCAAUAUAUACUUACAAACUUCGAACUCUUUCACUGAGCGCUAUUUUCAUUUCAGGUACCCUGUUUUUAUCCGUUACAUCUGCAACAUUGUGAAUUAUUCGUCAAAUCUUGUGUCCAAUCAGCUUCUAAGUGAGUUAUCUAAAGAUGGUCGAGUUGAUGAUGCUCGUAAGUUGUUUGAUAAAAUGCCUCACCGGGACAAGUAUUCAUGGAAUAUUAUGAUUUCUGCUUAUGCUAAUAAAGGAAAUUUAGUUGAAGCUCGUAAGCUUUUCCAUGAAACUCCCACUAAAAAUUCUAUCACUUGGUCAUCCCUCGUAUCUGGUUAUUGCCGACAUGGGUGUGAAGUUGAAGGCCUGAGGCUGUUCAGCCAAAUGUGGAGCAAGGGGCAGAAGCCGAGUCAAUACACAUUGGGCAGUGUUUUAAGAGCAUGUUCAACCAUGGGUUUGCUUCAUGGUGGCAAAAUGAUUCAUUGCUAUGUAAUAAAGAACCAACUAGAAGCUAAUAUCUUUGUUGCCACUGGUCUUGUUGACAUGUAUUCCAAGUGUAAGUGUCUUCUGGAAGCCGAAUACCUCUUUUUAUCGUUGCCUGAUCGGAGAAACUAUGUUCUAUGGACUGCUAUGCUCACUGGUUAUGCGCAAAAUGGUGAUAGUUUGAAGGCAAUUCAGUGUUUUAAGGAGAUGAGAAUACUAGGAAUAGAUUCUAACCAAUUCACAUUUCCCAGCAUAUUGACAGCAUGUGCAGCAAUUUCAGCCUAUACUUUUGGUCUGCAGGUACAUGGAUGUAUUGUUUGGAGUGGUUUUGGUGCUAAUGUAUUUGUUCAAAGUGCAUUAGUUGAUAUGUAUGCUAAAUGUGGAGACUUGAAUAGUGCGAGAAUGGUCCUAGAUAUCAUGGAAAUUGACGAUGUUGUGUGCUGGAAUUCAAUGAUUGUUGGGUGUGUGGCACAGGGAUAUACAGAGGAAGCUCUAGUUUUGUUCCACAAGAUGCAUGAUCGAGAUAUGAGAAUUGAUGAUUUCACAUUUCCGUCUAUUUUGAAUUCUUUGGCUUCUUGUGGGGACCUGAAAAAAGGAGAAUCUGUUCAUUCUCUUAUUAUUAAAACUGGAUUUGACGCUUGCAGAACUGUGAGCAAUGCUCUUGUUGACAUGUAUUCUAAACAAGGAAACUUGGGUUGUGCAUUUGAGGUUUUCAAUAAGAUACCAGACAAGGAUGUAAUAUCUUGGACCUCCCUGGUCACGGGAUAUGUUCACAAUGGUUUCCAUGAAAAAGCCCUCAAGUUAUUUUGUGACAUGAGAAUUGCAGGGGUUGCUCUGGACCAAUUCGUAGUGGCCUGUGUUUUUAGUGCUUGUGCUGAGCUGACUGUUAUAGAGUUUGGUCGACAAGUUCAUGCAGAUUUUAUCAAAACCAGCGUUGGAUCAUUGUUAUCUGCAGAGAAUUCUCUCGUAACAAUGUAUGCCAAAUGUGGAUGUUUAGAAGAUGCAACUAGAGUCUUUGAUUCAAUGCUAAAUCGGAACGUCAUAUCAUGGACUGCCAUAAUAGUUGGUUAUGCGCAGAAUGGGAGAGGGAAGGACUCUCUUCAUUUCUAUGAUCAGAUGAUAAUUAAUGGCAUAAAGCCAGACCCUGUUACUUUUAUUGGGUUGUUAUUUGCUUGUAGCCAUGCAGGUCUUGUGGAAACUGGCCGCUCUUACUUUGACUCAAUGGAAAAAGUUUAUGGAAUAAAGCCAGCUCCUGAUCACUAUGCUUGCAUGAUUGAUCUAUUGGGACGUGCUGGAAAACUCAGCGAGGCGGAGGAUUUAUUAAAUCAAAUGGAGGUUGAACCCGAUGCAACCUUAUGGAAGUCAUUACUUUCUGCAUGUAGGGUUCAUGGGAACUUAGAACUUGGAGAAAGGGCAGGGAGAAACCUCAUUAAGUUGGAACCCUUGAAUUCGCUGCCUUAUGUUUUAUUGUCCAAUAUGUUCUCUGUGGCUGGUAGAUGGGAAGAUGUAGCACAAAUUCGAAAAUUGAUGAAAACAAUGGGUAUCAACAAGGAGCCUGGAUGUAGUUGGAUUGAAAUGAAGAGCCAAGUGCAUACUUUUAUAUCUGAAGAUAGAAGCCACCCUAUGACGGUGGAAAUAUAUUCUAAGAUUGAUGAAAUGAUGAUCUUAAUAAAGGAAGCUGGGUACGUUCCAGAUAUGAACUUCGCAUUACGUGACAUGGAUGAAGAGGGUAAGGAACGUAGUCUAGCAUUCCACAGCGAAAAGUUGGCUAUUGCAUUUGGACUUCUCACAGUCCCAAAAGGAGCACCCAUUCGAAUUUUCAAAAAUCUCAGGGUAUGUGGGGAUUGCCACUCAGCAAUGAAAUAUAUAUCUGGUGUUUUCAGCAGGCAUAUUAUUUUGAGAGAUUUAAAUUGUUUCCAUCACUUCAAAGAGGGAAAAUGUUCCUGUGGAGACUAUUGGUAGAGUGUUCAGCUUCUUGAUUUAUUGUAUCUUUGAGACUCUUCCUUGAGGAAAGAAAACUACCGAUUCCUUGUGGAUACCUCACAAAGUUGUCCUAUUGGCACAAAUCAAGCAAGAUAAGAACAGUGCACGUAAUAUCCCCGAUCAUGACGAGAAUUAAAUCCUCUGUAUUGUAAAAAAAAAGAGGUGUUUCUGGACUCUCUUCCUUCUCUACUAGAUGGAGGAGAUACAAAUUCCAUUCAAGUGGAUAGGGCAUGACUUGACCAUGUCUCCCUCAUUGUUCUAAAUUGAAAAUUCUACCAGAUAGAAGAAGCUUUUGAGAGUCAGAAAUAGAACCUGACCUCCAGCCAUCCGGGCCGCUCUACGUCCCAGGAAAAACCUGGACUCCCAAACAGGUAGUCUCCAACAUACCAUUCAAUAUAAGUACAGAUGUAAUUAAACAACUUCUUCCGAUGGGAGGCAUUUUACCCGAAGUUGUUCUUUUACUCCAGGGUGCUCGUGUUCGCCCAAGGCCCAAAUUCGAGAGACAUCAAUGAUUUUUUAUAUUAAGCUCAUCGAAAAGUUCGAACUUGAGACCUCUAAACCAAUAUGAUCAAGAGACCCCAAGUCCUUACCAACUGGGAGGAGAGGACUCUACGCUUACUCAUUUCUGUGAUAUCAUCAAUCAUUUUUGUGACUACUGCUAAUUUGUUUUAACUAUCGGGAGGAGACGGCUCUUCUCUUUGCUUAGUGGAAUCACCUCCGAGGACAUCUGAAUAUCGACUCAUCAAUAUUUUUGUUAAUUUCUAUUAUGGUAUUCCACAAA